UGCAUCAAAGCUACAAUUCUCUUCGAUUUCUGGAAAACCGAUUCAUGGCUCAGUUACAUCCUCACCUUACUCGCUUGCUUCGUCUUCGCCGCCUUCUACCAGUACCUUGAGAACCGCCGCCUCCAGUUCAAAUCCCUUUCGUCCACCCGUCAUCCUCCGUCUCCUCGCACCGGCGUUUCCGCUCCUCUUAUCCCCAAAUCGAGCACCAGAUCCGCCGCGAAAGCUGCGUCGGUGGUGUUUUUCGGCGUGAACGCGGCGAUCGGUUACUUGCUGAUGAUGCUCGCGGCUAUGUCCUUCAACGGAGGCGUUUUCAUCGCGAUUGCCGUCGGUUUAACCGUCGGGUACCUAGUUUUCAGGUCUGACGACGACGGUGUUAACGCGGCUGUAGAGAAUCCAUGCGCGUGUGCUUGAUUCUGGUUCUCAUCGAAUGUUCCGACAAGAAUUGUGUGUUGAUAUGAUGCUUGUGUAAUACGGUUACAGUUAGUUGAGUUGGAUCUAUGACAAAAAUGUUUU